AUGAAUGAAGAGGAUAAAAGGAGUAUUAUCCAAAGCCUUAAUUUGAGGAUUGGGGGUGAUAUAAAUGAGUUAGGAAACGCAUAUACAAUAGAAACUGAAUUAGUUAAUAAAAGGGAGCAACUACAAAGCAGCCUAAAUAUUGUCAAUAAUGAAGUGCCAACAAAACUGACAACAGCCUUAGCUAAAGCAGAAUUAAAUUCAAAGCAGAUAGGCAAUCUUGAAACACAAAGUGAGGAGCUGAAAGCUAAAGUAGAAGCUUUUCUAAAAAAGAUUGAACCUUUGAAAAAUGAGGUAGAUAAAAGGUUUGGGGCUAUCAAUAAAUUAGAACAGGUUUUGACUUAUUUAAGAACAUUUGAGAAGAUCGAUGACCUGAGUCGGCAAAUGAAACAUACCAAUGAUGAUGAGCAAAUGGUAUUACUUUAUGGGGAGCUCCGUAAGAUGUGUUCCCAGUCCUUACAAGAACACCAAGCCAUAUAUGUGAAGGAUUACACUCAUUAUUGGCAUAAUGUGCUCAAAGAAAAGCUUACGAAGCACUAUGAAGAUGUUCUGAAAUUAAUAAAAUGGCCACUUACAAGUGGACCAGAGCCUUCACCUCCUCCGAAAGAAGUAAUGGUAAAGUUUAUCAACUUAACAAAAUAUCUUUUCCUCAUUGAAGAACCAGAAGGUAUAGAAACGUUUAUUGUUUUGGAUCAAGCUGUGCAAGAGAAACCUCCGUGUUUACCAGUGAGAAUAUUAUUAAGACCACUCAAGAAAAGGUUUCAAUUUCACUUCACUGGUUCACGGCAGACUGCGCGCAUCGAUCGACCGGAAUGGUUCCUAACACAAACACUUACAUGGAUCAAGGACCACCAAACAUUUGUGAAGGUUAACAUUCAACCAAUAGCUGACAAACUCGAACUGAAGAAUGUCAGAGCUGUGGAUGAAUUCAAUGCCGGCCUUAUAGCGUUAGCUGCUGAACGGCUCCAUACUGUACUAGCGUUGUACCACGCACACGGAAUUAAAGGCGAAAUCGUCGACGUCGACGCUGCAUUUGCCCACGCUGUAGACGAAACGUUAGGCUUUCACAGAGAACUGGUUAUAGUUACGGGGAAGGAUAGCAAUAGUGUGCUAUCUGUGUUGACUAAAGCUGAGACAUUCGUGAGAUGGCUGAGCGUAGAGAAAAAGUAUGCCCUGGCCAAGAUGGAUGAAAGUCUGGGCAGUCCGCAGUGGUGCGAGGGCGUGGGCGCGGGCGCGUGCGCGGUCACGGGCGCCGCGCUGUGGGUGCCGCGCGCCGCCGAUUGGUUCGUCUCGUUGUUGCGGACCAUUGAGGAUAGAUACGCGUUUCUGCCUCAGCCUGGACACAGAUUACAAUUCUUGGAGCUCCAGUUAGAACUCGUGGAAGAAUGGCGCAUUCGUCUGACACAGCUGAUGAGUGCAGCAUUAGAAACUCUUCACGUGGAAUCGUUCUUAUCAUCGGGGUCCUCGUCCCACCCCCUCACUGCAGUUAUCAACGCUGCACAUCAUACUCGUGCUGUGCUAUUGCAGUGGGCUCAUUCAUUGCAUUACUUACAACUACAUUUCUAUCGGCGCCAAUUCCAACAUUAUACUCAACAACAACACCACGAUGAAGAAUCCAGCUCCUCCUCCAGUUCAUCAGAUGACGAUUCAGAUUGUGAGGAAACGCCUGAACACGUUAGUCGGAUUUCUAAAGGAGAGGAUGAUUUCGAUCAAGCUUUGUCAUUGCAAGAAGUGGAACGGCGUGCUCAGAAAUUGGCGUUGAAUGAGAUAUCUCGAAGAGAUUCUUUAGUAGCUGAAAUGAAUAUGUUUGACCCUACAAUGCCAAUAGCAAACUUAGCAGUAACGGAGCCGUUAAAAGGAGAAGAGGAUACAGAAGAGGCCGGCGUGUUCGCUGAAGCGCCCGCGCUCCUCGCCCGACUCAGAGAUCAGGGCUUAGCGUCGCUGGCUGACCAUAUACUGCUGGAGUUUAAAGCAGGACUUAAAGAUUAUAAGCGGCAAAAAUGGCACGGGCUGCUGAUCGUGGAGAAGCUGGCGCUGUCGGUGUCGAGCAGCCUGUGCGGGCCGCUGGCGGCGCUGUGCGCGCGCCUCGCCGAGUGCGCGCAGCUGCUCGCGCCGCCGCUCGCCGCGCGCCUGAGGGCGCACCUCGCCGACAUCGUCGACUCCUACAUCUUCGAGGAAAUAGUUCUGGAGAGUUGGUUCAACACAGGAGGUACGAUGCAGUUCACUCACGAUGUCAAGCGCAACCUGGUGCCGGCAUUCACCCCGCCCAAGAUGGUGGCUUCAAAAGUCAAUGUGUUGCCGAAGUUGUUAGAAGCGUGCAGACUCCUCAAUAUGGACUACGAUGACGCUCGACGACUGCGCGCAUUUCUUUCAAAGCAGCCCGUAGAAGAGGGUGCAGAAAACCUGCUGAACCAUAAGAUACGGUGCAUUGAACCAAGGCAGGCGUUACAGAUACUGCACCAGAGGACGGACCUGUCUGACGCCAGUAGUCCAUCGUCAGUCAUGGAGUUAUUCUGA